AUGGCCAGCGCACCUACGCCAGCCGAGGUCAACGACACUUCCAAUCCGGCGGCCCUCGCGUUGCAGCUGCAACAAGUGCAGCAAAUCCAGCAGCAGUUGCUCAACGCCAACGCGUCGAGAUGCAAACUCCCGCAGUUCUGGAAAGCAGCGCCGGAAGCGUGGUUCGGUCAACGCUACAACCUGGUCAUCGCAGCACUCGGCGAAGACACUGUCAACGAGCUCUUGGACGUGGUGCAGAAUCCGCCGGCCACUGACAUGUACGCUACGUUGAAGAGACGCAUGCUCGAGCGUUUCGCCCAAACGAAUGAGCAAUGUCUACGCAAACUGCUCAACGACAUCAAGCCAGAAGGCAAGAAGCCCUCAGAGCUUCUACGCGAAAUGCGCAUACUCGCAGGCAAGAGCGUCACUGACGAGGCUCUCAAGGUCAAGUGGCUUGCCCUCCUGCCAGCGUCCUCGCAGGGCGUGUUAACCGUGCUCGACGGAGCACUUGACAAAUUGGCGGAAGCAGCCGACAAGUUGGCCGACAUUGCGCCAACACCCGCCGUUGCUGCUGUCAAGGCCUACUCUCGCAGCAGCUCUCCUCAUCGCCAAGACCAUGCAAUGGCUAAGGAGAUGGCCAACAUGACCGCCCUCAUGUCACGCCUUUUGGCAACAGCCGAACAAACCAACGAGGCCAUCAGAGUGCUGAGUCAGCAGAGGUCCCAGGGCAGAGGACGCAGCCGCAGCCGCGGGCGCGCUGGCACUCCAGCCACCCAAGCGCAACAGGGCCACUGCUACUACCAUCAGCGCUUCGGAGAUGGAGCACUCAAAUUUCAGGAGGCUCACGGCAGCGGACUGCCAAAAGAAAACCGCCUUCACGUUUUCGACAGGAACUCUCGCCUCUCGUUCCUGGUCGACUCGGGAUCCGUCGUAUCCCUACUGCCCCGUUCGGCAGUCAAAGAGGCCACACAACUAGUGCAGCAGCUGCUGACACUCACCGCGGCCAACAUGUCGCCCAUUGCGACGUUUAGUCGCACUCUCCUCACACUCAACAUCGGCUUAUGCAGAGACUUCGAGUGGCCGUUCAUCAUCGCUGACAUCCCAGGAGCCAUCAUCGGAGCUGAUUUCCUGGCGCACGCAGGCAUCAUGGUGGACCUCCAGAGUCAGCGUCUCAUCGACGCCAUCACGGCGCUGGCCACACGAGGUCAGUUGUCAGCCGUCUCGCACCACACCGUUGCCAUCCUGCACGAUCCUGCCGAGGACCUGACAACUAGGAGCCUCUUCGACGCGCUACUCGUCGAGUACGCGGACCUCACCAAGCCCAGCAGCCGGAAGGCAACCCUCAACGGAGCGCCCGUCACCCACUUCAUCCGCACCACGGAGCCACCGGUGUUCGAGCGCCCACGACCACUAUUCGGUGACAGGCUCAAAGGCACCAAAGCGGCCGUCAAAGAGCUCAUGGACGCGGGUCUCGUCCGCCCCUCCUCUAGUCAAUGGGCCAGUCCUCUGCACUUAGUGGAGAAGAACGACGGCAGCGGCACCUUCCGCAUCACGGGCGACUACCGCCGCCUCAACGCUAUCACCGAGCCAGACCGCUACCCUCUUCCAGUCAUCGAGCACCUUCUUCAUGGCUGUCACGGCGGUAAGGUCUUCACGGUAGUCGAUCUCAAAAGAGCUUUUUACCAGGUGCCAAUGGCCGAGGAGGACAUCUGCAAGACAGCCGUCAUAACUCCGUUUGGCCUCAUUGAUUUCCUCGUCCUGCCCCUUGGCCUACGCAACGCCACGCAGACGUUUCAGCGUUUCCUGGACGGUCUGCUCAAGGACCUCUGGUUUUGCCGCUGGUACAUAGACGACAUCAUCGUCUUCUCCAGGAACUACGAGGAGCACCUGAGCCACGUGCGACAGCUUUUCGACAAGCUUCGUUCAGCUGGUCUCUGCAUCAACCUCGACAAGUGCCAGAUCGCUCUGCCCGAGGUCAUCUUCUUGGGUUUCACAGUGAGCCAGCAAGGGUUCAAGCCGCCACCGCCCAAGGUCGACGCAGUUGACCGCAUCCCGACGCCGACGACAUACCAGGAGCUUCGCAGCUUUCUCGGCGCUCUCAAUUACUACAGGCACUGCAUCCGAGGAGCGGCUCAACUGGAAGUUCCUCUUGACAAUCUCCUACGGGGCGCACCCAAGAAGAAGAAGGCCAAGCUGAAGGGCUGGACCACAGCUCAGGACAAAGCUCUCUCAGCUUGCAAGCAGGCGCUCAAACAAGCCACGUUCAGCGCUUUCCUCGCUCCAGAUGCCGAGCUCGUUGUCUCCUCCGACGCUUCAGACGAGGCGAUUGCCGGCUCCGUGGAACAACUCAUCAACGGCAAGUACUACCCAGCUGGUUUCUUCUCCAAGAAACUCACGUCGGCGCAGAGAAACUACAGCACCUUCGACAGAGAGCUGCUCGGGGCCUACGAGACCGUGAGGCACUUUGAGCACUACUUAGAGGGUCGCGAGUUUGUGCUCAGGACUGACCACAAGCCGCUAGUCCACGCAUGUCGCAGGCCAUCCAGCAGAAGCUCACCGAGGCAGAAGCGACACAUGGACUACAUUCUCCAAUUCAACGUCAACGUCCAGCACAUCAGCGGGGUGGACAACGUCGUGGCUGACACGCUCUCCCGCGCGUGUACCAUUGGCAUGCCAUCGGGCCUCCUCGCCAAGGACAUCGAAGCUGCACAGUUGCACGACAAGGAGCUCAUUCACCUGCUCGAAAGCGGCGCGCUGGAUCUACAGGUCUUGGAGAUUGACGGCGCCAAGGUGGCCUGCAGCAUCAAGGACAACCUGGUAAAGCCAUACUUGCCGGAGCCGCUGCGCCGCCUGGCUUUUGAUGUGCUCCACGGGCCAGCACACCCCAGCCCACGCACAACGGCACGUGCUCUCUCAGCCAAAUUCAUCUGGCCCCACGUCAGGAAUGACGGCUACGCCUGGGCUCGCGCUUGCGAUCCCUGCCAGAGAGCCAAAGUCAGCAGACACAACCGCGCAGCACUGCAGUCGUUCAACGUGCCAGAGAACAGGUUCGAGCACAUCAACAUCGACCUCAUCACGCUGCCGCAGGUCCAGAGCUGGCGGUACUGCUUCACCAUCAUAGACAGGUUCACCAGGUGGCCUGUCGCCGUGCCGCUAGCGGACAUCACAGCGGACACGGUAGCAAACGCCCUGGUUCAACACUGGAUUGCGCAUUACGGCUGCCCUAUCACCAUCACCUCGGACCAAGGCACGCAGUUCGAGUCGGCGCUCUUCGACGCCCUGGCUCGCCUCACCGGAGCACACCACAUCCACACGACGCCCUACCACCCGCAGUCCAACGGAAUGAUUGAGCGCCUGCAUCGCACCAUCAAAGCAGCGCUCAUGUGCGCUGGUGAGACGCCGUGGCCGCAGCGCUUGCCCAUCGUGCUUCUUGGUCUGCGUGCUUGCUACAAACAGGACCUCGAGGCAUCGCCAGCCGAAAUGCUCUAUGGCACCACUCUCCGCCUGCCCGGGGAGUUUUUCGUCACACACAGCGCGCCAGCAGAGCAGCCAACUUUCGCCAAGCAGCUGUCCAGCCUCAUGCGGAGCAUCCGCCCAGUGCCAGCAUCGUCACACUCGAAGCCCAGCAUCUUCGAGUUCGCAGACCUCAAGACGUGCACACACGUGUACAUGCGCAUCGACGCAGUGCGCAAGCCCCUGCAGCCGCCUUACACCGGGCCGCACGUAGUCCGCCGUCGAGUCAACGGCAAGGUCUACGUCAUCGUGGUCAACGGAAAGGAAAAGACCGUUUCCACGGACGCACUCAAGCCAGCGUACCGAGACGAGGAGGACCGUCUUCUCUCACCGGCGGCUGACGCAUCGCCCACUCCAGCGCCCGAGCCUCAGGUCAACACCAGCCCGCCCAUGCAGUCGGCCCCAGCAACUCCAUCGCACGCCACUGCCAAGCCGCCAAUAACACCAGCACCAGUAGCAGCCGCUCCUGAAGCUCGGCCGCUUAUCGAGAUGGACUCGCAGCAGCUUGGCUCGCAAGCUCUUUACUCGCAGCAGCAGCAGCAGCAGCUGCACGCCAACGUCGAACCGCAGGAUCUCUCUUCACAGCAGCAGCAGUACUCGCAGGCCGACGUCGAGCUCCAAGCUCGCCCAUCUCACUCAUCGUUCCAACAGCAGCUCGAGCCGAAAGCUCUCUCAUCGCAGCAGCAGCAGCUUGUGCCUCGAGCUCUUUCAUCGCAGCAGAGCCAGAGCCCACUUCUUCCAGCCUCGCCCAAGCCACAGACUCCUCUCCCGUCCAAGGCUGUGCCAACGAUACUCCAGAUUGCCCUUCAGGUAGAGAGAGUGCUUUACGCAAGAGGCAAGGGUACCGUGGUUGAGGCGACAAAGGAAGGCGAGAACAAGGCAAAAAUUGCCAGUUCUUCGCAUCUUUUCUCGGAUAGCAUUUUCGAUAAGCGUGAAAAUGAGGAUGUGAAAGUCAAGUGUGUAUCUAGAGUAGAAGGUAAGAGUUUAGCAGAGGAUAGAAAUGAGAUUGUAGAUUCGAGAGACAGGAACCGGGCGCAGAGUAGCGUAGCCGUGGAUUUCCCCAGUAAGACCAGCAAUGGUCCCGAACAGGUAAAUUCUCGCGACUCGGUACAGGAAGGCGCAGAAGGUUUCUGCAAUAGUCAAAAUGCUAAAAUACAGAAAGUUUUACCAGACACAAAUGCGCGAGAUGCGAUCGAUCAUGGUAGAAAUUCUUUGGCGGGUAGUUCGCUCGAGAAGUGCCUAGCGAGGCAAAGAAAAUUCAAUCAAAAAACUGAAGACAAGCUCAGGAAAUAUUAUGGAGACUCUGCUCCAUCGCGUGGCAUGGUUCAAAAGUGGUUUACUGAUUGUGAGUAUCGUUGUGGCCGCAAAAGCACAAAUGAUGCUGAGCAUUCUGACCGCCCAAAAGAGGUGACUACUCAAGACAUGAUCGAUAAAGUUCAUGAUAUUAUACUCCCCGAUCGUCGAUCGAAAGUCCGCGAGAUAACAGCCAGACCAUUGUGCAACGCCAGCGUGCUGAUAACAGAUAAUCUGACUCCUCGUAGAUUGCCAGGAUAUGUUAAAUAUGUUGUCUUGUAA